CGCUGUCCGGCGGCGCGGCGGGCGGGGCCGCGCUGCACAAGAUGGCGGCCGGGUGCUUGUGGAGGCGGCUCUGGCAGGGAUCAGCUCUUCCUGCCAAUUAUGCAAGCAGAAUUAUUCAAAAGCAAUGUUUUCUUCCAACCAGUGACUUGAUGGGAGUACGGUUCUCUGGAACCCAUGUUCAAACUCAGGAGCGUAAAACUAAUCCUUUGGUGACUCUCUCAGAGGAGCCAGAAACACUGUACAAGAGACUGUCCCUUUUGGUUAAAGGCCACGAUAAAGCCGUGUUGGACAGCUAUGAAUAUUUUGCAGUGCUUGCAGCUAAAGAACUUGGCAUCUCUGUUGAAAAAAUACAUAGACCUCCAAAGAAGAUAGAACGAUUUACUCUUCUAAAAUCUGUACACAUUUACAAGAAGCACAGAGUUCAGUAUGAAAUGAGAACACAUUACACAUGUUUGGAGUUAAAAUACCUAACGGGCAGUACUGCUGCAGUGUACUUGGAGUAUGUUGAACGAAACUUACCUGAAGGAGUUGCCAUGGAAGUAAAAAAGACUAAGAUAGAGAGAAUACCUGAACACAUUCAGGAACCAGUUUGGGAUACACUACCUCAAGUAGAAGAAACAGAAAUCAAAUCAUGAACUCAACGGGUACUUGGCUAUUAGUGCUGGAACUAGUUGCUCCUGUCAACCUCAUUUACUAAGACACUGCUGACAAAUAAAAGUCCUCUUUUACAAA